UUUAUCAUGGCCGCUUAUGUUUAUGAAAAUAAAAAACCGAAGGAGCGCAAUUCAAAAUAAUCGAAAUGGCAUCUGUUUUAGAAUUGAUGCUUCAGGAGAAAGUUUCGCCGGAAGAUGUUGUCAGAUGGCUCUGUAAUAAGACAACAGACCUAGAAAGCCUGCAAGACUUUGAUAAUUUGAAAGUGGAGUUCAUUCCAUUUUUCUUGAACUAUUUACGUGAUCAUACCAUUCAUUUAUUACAAACAUCUAAAUCUGCCACACCCUCCCCUGCCAAAACACCUUCAUUGAAAAAGAUACAGAAAUCUGUGAGGAAGACCCGAGAAAAUGGUGGGAAACGACAACAGUUAUUUGGGGCCAGUCCAGUAGGAGAUGUUGAUGAUUUCCGUAAUCUUCCAACAUCCGUUUUCUCACCUAACACUUCACUUGAUUCUCCAGGGAAUAUUCAGCCAAAUCAGAAAGUUGACAAAAAUUAUGGGAAGGGGAAUUUUAAGAAUAGUUAUGCUAGUCAGAAGUUUUCGCCUCAAUGUGGAAAUCAGAGAUAUGCUAAUCAAAAAAAUUCACCACAGUGUGGCAGUCAGAGGUCACCUUAUUCGCAGGUGACACCAGAGCAAAGGUCGAAACAGAAAUUCAGUUUAGGAGAAUUCAUGAAUACACCAGACCAAAGUAAUAAUGCAACUGGGUGGAAAAGGAAGUCUCCUCAUUCGGGUAAUAAGAAAGACUUUUCAUGUGAUAUUUCACCAUCUCCUGCAACAGGUCAAGGGAGAAAAUCUGGAGGUAAGAAGAGGCACAGUUUCAGCCCUUUAGUACAAAAUAUGACACCAAAUAUAACAGAGGAAAAGGUUUCAGCUCCUAUUUUUAGUUUAACAAGUUCUAAUGACUUCCCACCAAUGGGUCAGGCAUCGUGUGAAAACAAAGGCAAAAAGAACAAUAAUAGAAGAUCUUUAGAUUCAAACAUUCAGACUUAUCAAUCAAAUGAUACAAAAACUUCAAGAGUUAUAAAUUUCUCAAAUGGUGAAUCAAAUACAUUAACAAAAUUUCAAAGAGAUAGGCUACAAGAAGUUAAAAGAGUAUCACCUGUAACUGUACAAACCUCUACACCUGGACCAAGAAGGAUAACUCCUACAGUUGUAAAGGCAGAUAACUCUAUGCCUCAAAAUUCAGCUUUUCUUGUUCCUAUAGAAGAAAAUGAAUCGGCAUGGCAGUCAAAUUCUGCGACAAAUUUACAAAAUUCAGGUGUUUCAGAAACUUCACAUUUGUCUAAAGAAGAGAGAGAACUUUUAAAAGAAGAGAAAGCACGAUGUCAUACCCAGGCAACAGAGAGUGGGAAGGUAUCUUUACCCACCCCAACAAAACUAGCGUUGGAGAGGGGAACUAGUGUCUGUGAAAUCGUUGAAGCAUGUUUGGGAAGUAUAACUCACCAGGAUAAACUUGACAGGCUUAUUCAGCUGUACUCUGAGUGUUUAGAUUAUAAUCUAUUACCUAAUGUGAUUGUGGAGCUGUAUUUUCUGGUGCAGUUGUUGACCGCUAGAGGAGGUGGUGUGGAGGAAACUUUUAUUUAUGGGGAUGAUGUGAUAGAAGAGAACUACUUCUCAUCAGUUCAUAACACAGUGUACUUCGCCAUCAGUGUAUUGGAGCAACAGAAAAGAUUGUUAAAAAUGUUGGAUAGAUGUACCCUGUACCUACUUGCAGAAAAUCCCAGGAUUGUAACAUUUUCAACAGAACUUCAGAAAUAUUUAGAGAAAUGUUAUGAAAGAGCUGAAUCUCGGAGAGGUCCUGUAUUUCCUCAUUCUCCUAUAGGAUCAGUCUCGUUUCAAGCAGAUACAGACAACAGAAAGAAUUUUCCCAAUGACAAAUGUUUCCAUCUGUUUAAAAGACAAAGAGAUGGGUUUUAUGAGUUGAUACGAGAGUGGGAGGCUAGUAGGAUGAACCCUAAUUACAACAUGGCACAGAUGUUUGGACAAAGAGUGCGAGCUUUGGUCAAUGUGAAAACAGAUCUAGCAAACCUUAUACAUUUUGCGCGACUGUUUCAAUCUCAACUUAUAGCAAUGUGUAAGGGAGAUGGAAGUAUACGAAGUAGUGAAGAUGAUGAUAACAUAGCUUUAUUGAGUCAACUUAAACGUACCAACCCAGAGAAAUUUAAAAAAUUGCAAGAACGUUUUAUUAAACCAUUAAGUUUUGGUGGUCCCUGUCCGAGCCCUUCUUUCCCAGGGAUCCAGGAAUUUUUCAGAGACUUUAUUGCAGUAGCAUCUUGUCCAAUGUUGAACCAGCAUUUAUGUGACACUUUCUCUGCUAAAGUUCUAGAAUUAAACGAGACAUCGUUUACUCACCAUGAUGAAGAGGAUGCUCCUACAUCUAAUGGUGAUGAUGAGGAGAACGAUUUGUUUGUUACAGUUCUGUUAAGUGUAAGACUGGUCGGGAAAUUUCUCGGUUUUGUUACAUUUUUACCAUACCAGUCCCCAGACAGAAUGCCAGAUAGUAUGGAGACCACAUAUAUCACCAUCAGAAAUAAGCACCAACCAUCUAUAGACCUGUUAGAGUGUUUACAAUCAGCUGUUACUAGAGGCACAUUAUGUCUGACAGUACCCUGGGUGGUAGAAUACUUGUCGUUGAUGGAUCCACUGGCACCAAGGCUUGAUCACUACCAGACUGUCCUAUACCUGAUACUCUACAUUCAUAGGUAUGUGUGGUCGCAGUUACAAGAUGAGAUGAGUUAUGGGAGUUUAAUGGUUGUGGCAAUGAUAAGCUGGUUACUUGAGAACUCUGUGAUACCAGAUGGUUUGUUUUUCAUGGAGAUACCAGAAAACACUGUACAGAAAAUACAGGACUGUUUCCCAAGUCUUGCUUCAAUGGACAAUCGUAACUUUGUGGAUCAAAGUCUUUUCUAUAAAUGUUGUCCGUAUGUUGGAGAGAUAAAGACACUGCUGGUUGAUUUUACUGUAGGAAGUAGUAGUAAAGUAAGCAAUGUUAGAAAGAUUACACCAAUAUCAGCUGAUAUACCAGUACAGAAAUCUCUCACUGACAGACAACUACAGUUACAAAUGGAGGAGAAUUUUUUCCACAAUCACCCAGCCUCUAUGAAGAGGGUCAUCGACUUUGUUGCUGAUCGAACAGCUUCCAACUUUAUCAAGAAUUUCCGAGCAACUUUAUUACAGGAGUCAGUAGUGGAGGGGAAAGACAAAGUUGUAAAGCAAAUGUUAACACUACCUGAGGGUUCUCCAACUAGCAAAAUGAAAGAUAGAGUGUUACAAGUUACCAAUAAAGUGGCGCAGGAAUUGUACACUAAAGUGAGGACAAGUGUACUUACUGAAGCUCCAAAAUACUGCCUGAACAGGAUACCAGUCUUGUUGACAAUGCUGUUACCCGACGACCAGUCUAAAGUUGUUCUAGAAAUGGCGGCAAAAAUCUCAGAAAGAAUUGCGGAGGAGAAAGUCAUGAGUUGGUUAAAUAAACACAUCUCAACAGCCAUGUAUCAGACAGAGAUUUCACCUGAUAUAGAGAAGUUAACAAAAUCGAUGAGUUCAUCAAAUUUAAAAGAAGUACCCAGUCCAAGUAAUAAAUCUGUAGCACAGUCUGUAGACAAUAACACAGGGACACAGUCUGGAGAAACUGGUCACAUGAUUGGUACUUUAUUGCCAGUGAACCAUGAUGAAACAUUAAAGCAUCCAUCAGAAGUAUUGAUAGAAUUUAAGGAUUGUAUAAAGAAUUUAACAUUGAGGGGCUGGUCCCUGGCUGAUGAAAGGAUUGAAGAUAUUCUAUCACAGGUGAAGCAAACAAUGGAGCACAGAAAGGACAUCCUACCUUCUGUACAUAGAUCUUUCACACAACUUACUGUAGAACUAGUCAUCUCUAUAUUGUUAAUGCAGCCAGCUUCCUAUUCUACUACAUUGAUAGAGACCUGUUUGAAGCUGUGGAAGUCUUGUUUGUUUGAUGUAUCAACUAUAAAUCUGAUAUUCUCUGGCAGAAUUAUCUUUUUGAUACAAUCAGUUGAGAAACCAGAGAUUGUCUGGAAGGAAUACACAAAAUUGCUAUCAUUGUUGUAUAAGGAAGAUAUUAUCAAACCUAGUAUGGUACAAGAAACUGGGCUCAAGUUUAUCCCCUAUAUACAGGUAAAGUUACCAUCAACUGUUUGCUAACAGUUCGUUUUUCCCAUUGUUAC